UGGAAAUGUACGAGCAGUUGAAAGGAGCGCUCCUGAAUCAUUAUCGAGAAUCAGGUGGACAUUUCUAGCCACGGCACCGCGUAUUCACUUCAACGACAACGAAUAGUUCUUGAUUUUUUUUAAGACAUUCCAAAAAAUUGUUAAAUAGACACUGCUGUCAUAUUUAUCCGUCAAUACCGGCUCAAACACAGAGUAACCUACAGUUAAGAACAGGGCAGAACGUGACACCGGAGAGAUAUCAAAGAACAGUGUUAAGCCAUCUGUCAGACACGCAGACCGUAAACACAAUGGGAAGGAAAAAAAUACAAAUCUCUCGUAUCCUAGACCAGCGGAAUCGACAGGUGACAUUCACCAAGCGUAAGUUUGGCCUGAUGAAGAAAGCGUAUGAGCUGAGUGUACUGUGUGACUGUGAGAUCGCUCUCAUCAUCUUCAACAGCACCAACCGUCUGUUCCAGUACGCCAGCACUGACAUGGACAAGGUCCUGCUCAAGUACACAGAGUACAGCGAGCCUCACGAGAGCAGGACCAACACAGACAUACUGGAGACUCUGCGGAGGAAGGGCCUUGGCCUGGACGGGACAGAGCUGCUGGACACGGAGGAACCCAUGCAGGAGGCAGCAGAGAAGUAUGGCCCACACAGCGAGGGCAUGGACCUCUCCCUGGCCCGCCAGCGCUACUACGCCCCCUCCUUGCACUCACCAGAGGCCCAGUUCCUGGUGUCUACUGGCUGUGAGAAUGGAUACCCCAACUCCUCCAACCCCAGCCCGAGCUCCCACAGACCCCCGGCCUUCAAGCCCCUGGGCCCCAGACCAGGCUCAGCCAGCCCUGCAGGGCCCCACUGCCAUGCUGCUUUCAUGUCCCCACACUCAGGUAUUGGCAACUCUAUGUUCUCCCAUGGCAACCUGAGCCGGGCCUUGGAGAUGAAGACUCCUCCCCCUUUGAAUCUGGGCAGUGAGAACCGGCGGACAGAGAGCCACCCAGGCAUGGGUGGCACACGCGCCAACUUUAGCAGUUCUAGAGGCCUCCUGUACCCGGGCAUGCACCCAGGGAACCACAUGCUGGCAAUGGGGAAGACAGGUCUGCUGAGUCAUGGUCUGGGGGGCUACAGCCUCUCCUCUGCUGGACCAUCUGACUACAGUCACCCAGGUUUCUCCCAUGCUGUGAGUCUACAUCGUGGGACUGUGAACUCAUGGCAGACAGCACAACCACAGGAGCAGCAUGUACCUCACCUCAGCCCAGCGAUGUCCAGUGGAGGGUGCUCUUUUCCUUCUCAGUCCUCAACCCCCACCCCUCCUCUUCACCCCUCCCUCAACCUCAGCAUCAAAUCAGAGCGCUGCUCCCCGGAGCACAUCUGCUCCCCGACCUCUCCGCCCGUGCGCCACUUGAGGCAGCACUCUCCAAUGAGCACCUCCAAUUCCGCUCACCACACCCCCCAGGAGCCCUACCCAGCCAAUGAGAGAGAGGAUUUCCCCAAAGGAGGUGUUCCCUACCCGGGUCAGCACGGGGCAGAGGAGAAAGGAGGGCUGCCCCUGAGGCAAAUAGAAAUCAGCGAUGGGUGGCAAAGAUAGCUGGCAACGACUACCACACAAAAGAAUCCUGCCACAUGGUUUCCAACACACAGAGAGAGGUGAAUGGGGAGAUGGGGUUCACUCGUUCACAUCAUCCCAGAGGAAAGAAAGACCCCCUUAGAGCUGGGCUGGACUCUCCAUUGUAGGCAAUGGACAUGUGGCACUGCCUCUCUGAUUUGGAUACAGUGAGGAGAUACCGUGGGUGUGUUGUUGUUGGGUUGGUUUGUCUGUGUGUUGGUUCAAAGGGGUGUCAAACCACACAUCAAUGUGGUUCUCCUCCUGCUUGGGCUACAGCACAAAGCAGAGCAGGGGUGAGAGCAUCAGUCAUUUAGCCACAUAACUUAGAGCACAGUGUUUCAGAUUAAUGCUUCACAUUCAGGUCCCCAUUUAAUGUACAUAUAUAUUAUUUUAAUGCUUAGUUUAUCCUUCAGCCCAAAAUCAAUGAAGUGGUCAGCUCACAGGAGACCAAUUAGGGAGCAGCAAGGUUCUAUUCAUCUAUCAUGGUCUCAAUGGGCAUGGCCUCAUGAUAGUGAGUGGGAAGUUGGUCUGGAUAGGAAUUGAUCACAGAAAAACAAAAAUGUAAUCUGCACUUAUGGAUUUUUGCAUUGAAAAUCUGUGCAUUUUUAAGUCUCUCAGGGAUUUAGAUAAUUGGUUCCAUUACAAAGGUUUAGUGUUGCUUUUAAUAAUACUGAGCAAAGCUGUUUGUUUUUACACUAUAUCCUGCAUAGUUUAAUUAUUUCUUUUUGGACACUGGCCUUAAUCAUGAAAAAUUAUGACAUCAAUUUAAGACCAAAGGAUAUGUAAUGUGUUUAUUUUCUUAAAUAUGAAUAUUCAAUAUAAACCAAAGUUUAGCAUCUAAUGUAUUUCUAAAAAUAUCUAAAGGCAUGUAAGAAUUAUCCAUCCAUAGUAAUCAUUAUACAACUUCAAUCUAUUCCCCCUUGUGAACAAUUAAGGUCCAUAUUCAGUAUCACCAUUUUAUAAAGUUGAGCUUUUUUUUGUUUAAAUAAAUUAAAAAGCUCAGGGCUGGACUAUCGCAUUUGGGGUCACUGGGGAACCGAUCUCCAGGUACCCUGCUUUUCAACAUAUUUUCUAUUGGAAAAAUGUGCAGUUUUAUAUCAAAUCAAAUCAAAUGGUGUAGUAGACCUUACAGUGAAAUGCUUACUUACAAACCCUUAACCAACAAUGCAGUUUUAAGUAAGAUAUUUUUUUUAAAGUAAGAGACAAAGAAUAACAAAUGAUUAAAGAGCAGCAGUAAAUAACAAUAAUGGAGCUACAUACAGGGGGUACCGGUUACCCCGGUGUCGAGGUAAUAUAGUUACCCCGGUGUCGAGGUAAUAUAGUUACCCCGGUGUCGAGGUAAUAUAGUUACCCCGGUGUCGAGGUAAUAGAGGUAAUAUGUACAUGUAGGUAGAGUUAUUAAAGUGACUAUGCAAAGAUAAUAACAGAGAGUAGCAGCAGCGUUCUGGGAGGGGCAGUGCGAAUAGUCUGGGUAGCCAUUGGAUUAGCUGUUCAGGCAUCUUAUGGCUUGGGGGUAGAAGCUAUUUAGGAGCCACUUAGACCUAGACUUGGCGCUCCGGUACCACUUGGUCCUGGACUUGGCGCUCCGGUACCGCUUGCCAUGCAGUAGCAGAGGGAACAGUCUAUGACUAGGGUGGCUGGAGUCUUUGACAAUUUUUUGGGCCUUCCUCUGCACCACGUGGUAUAGAGGUCCUGGAUUGCAGGAAGCUUGGUCCCAUUGAUGUACUGGGCCGUACACACUACCCUGUGUAGUGCCUUGUGGUCGGAGGCCGGGCAAAAACCUUUUGAGGAUAUGAGGACCCAUACCAAAUCUUAUAUUACAAUUCUACAUUUUGUCAUGAGGCUAAGAGAAAAUGUUACAUUUUUAAAGCACAUUUUCUGCUAUUCUACACUUUUUGGUAUGGUUCAUAGAGAAAAAUGUACCGUUUUGUAGCUCAUCUCAUGCUAUUGUUCACAUUUUGCCAAGAGGUCGAGAUAAAUUUUUGCAGUUGUAAAGCAAAUUUCCUGCAAUUCUACACAUUUUGGUUUCAUAUGAUAUCUGGGGGGGGAACCCGACCUCCAGGUGGCCCCCAACCCCUGUGUGCCCGUUUGGUAAUCCAGCCCUGCAAAAGCUAUUUAUUCAUGUGUGGAAAGGGAAGCAUUUGAUUAAUUGUCAGUGGGGCAAUGAGAAUAAGGUAUGUUGAGAAUCAGACAGAAUCAGACCGAAUCAGACACCUGUCAAAGAAACUUUUGUCUAUGAAAAAAAACAAGACACUUUUUAUUGCUUGUGUGAGUUUGUGUUUUUGAUUAUUCUUUUUUUAAUGAUGUUUGUGUAGUAUGCACUGGAUUUUUGGUGUGUUAUUGUUUCAUUUAUCCAUUUUGUGUUUAAAAAGUCUGCAAAAAUGUAUAAUGUAAAAUUACCUUGUAUCCAUUUUGUUUCUCAUUGUGGGUUUGUGUGUACAUUGAAGUUCACUAUUUUGUCCACAAGAGGGCAACAUAUUUCACACUAUCACUCUGGAGGCAAGACAAAAUGCAGGACAGAAUCAGCCAUUACUAGUGGUUGUUAAUUCAUCUGACAAAAAUGACAGGUUCAAGCAGUGGACUGUGAUGGUAUUAAGAUAAAACUGCAUCAUUAGUGUAUUGAAGACAUACACAUAGAGCACUUCAAGUUAUGGUUGACAACAUGAAAUUAAUUUGUAUAUAUGUGUCCAUAUUGACACAAAUUAUACUGAACAAAAAUAUAAACACAACAUGUAAAGUGUUGGUCCCAUGUUUCGUGAACUGAAAUAAAAGAUCCCAGAAAUGUCUUACAUAAAGCUUAUUUCUCUGAAAUGUUGUGCACAAAUUUGUUUACAUCCCUGUUCGUGAGCAUUUCUGCUUUGCCAAGGUAAACCAUCCAUAUGACAG